AUGUCCCGAAGACUUGACAUCUCUUCCCUUCUUUGUGCCGACGACCCCCCAGAGCGCAAUGCCGACCACAUAAUACCGGAGACGGUUGUGCUUGCUCCCCAUCUUGCUGUCCGAAAGUAUGGCCCUUCCCACCCCCGACCACCACCCUCUGCUGAAGCUCAGGCGUUGGAUGCCUUGGCCCAAGCAGCUUCACUUAGACGAUCCGACCCCUUCUCCCCACCGUAUUCAGCAAAGGCGUCGUCUCGCUAUGAACCACAAUCACGUCGUUAUUGGGACAACGAACGACCCGUUUCUCCCGUUAUCGUUGAACCACCAUACAAGAAGCGGAGACCUUCUGACGUUGCCAUGCCCCAACAUAACACACCCCCCAUGUCACUCAGACACACUGGGGACCGCAGCAUUCUCAAUCCUGAGCCCACCCCCGUCUUCCAGCCACGCCCAAGCUCUUCCUCAUCGUCGACCGUUUCCCCAUUCGGCUUCCAGUCCCGCGUGACCGACUUCGGACCGUCCGUCCUUCCUAGUGCGAGAACUCCACCACCCCCCUCGCCCGAUCCGAUUCCCACGGCACGGGCAGAAUACACCGUCAUCCAUCUUCCAGAACGCGGUCAAGACGAAUAUGUUGACGACAGAAAGCCAAAAAAGUCACACGCUUCCCGCUCCCCUGAAACAAACCGCCAGCGCAAACACCAACAGCAGCGACCACCGAAGGAAAAGGAUGACGAGGCCCAUGACUGGCUGCUUGGUCAGAUUUCAGACGAACCAAAGAAGGAGACAGGCGACAAGAUGGAUGUCGAUCCCGGCCCGAAUGAUCACAAAAUGGACAUUGACGUUGACGAUGAGUUGCUCAGUCUUGUUGAUGGGCCACACAGUGUCAGUCGCGUACCUUCGGUCGACAACAAACAAACAUCCCAUUCCCGACAUGCCUCUCCUGCCUCUUCACUCCCAGACCGCGGCUCGAUGCCACCGCCAGCAUCAACAGUCGUGGCUAAGAAAAAGAAAGACCCACCAAAGCCCAAGCCCAAAGCUCCUGCCAAGCCACGAACGAAAGCAGCACCCAAACCGAAAACCAAAGUUGCCGAUAAAGCUAAACCGUCAGCGAUAUCACGAAAGAGUGGCUCUGCCACAGCCCCAGGCUCUCGUUCACGUUCAAAUUCAGCAAUGCCGGGUGGCUCAGUCGGUCCAGAUGGGUCAGAGAAACACGAAGAAGAGGAGGAGGACCCAACGCCACUUCCAGAAGACGACAAGUUAUACUGCAUUUGCAAGACUGUGUACGACGAGGAUCGAUUUAUGAUUGCCUGCGACAAGUGCGACGAAUGGUACCACACAACAUGCGUUGAAAUGCCGGAACUUGUGGUCGACCUCGUUGACCAGUUCUUUUGUCCACCAUGCAUCUCCAAGAACCCUCAACUUUCGCUCAAGACAACAUACAAACAACGUUGUCGCAAUGGGUUGGAUCAUCCAGAACCCGAUUCGUCCAAGGCGUGUCAUAAACCAUCCCAAGGUGCUCUCUCCAAGUAUUGCUCUCCCGAGUGUGGUUACAACAGCAUGAAGGCACGCAUCGAGCAGUUUGCGAAGAACGGCGGCAAGAAAGAGCUACUGUGGGAGAGCGUCAAGAACGCCCAGAAACGCGAGGCAGUAGUAACCGUCCAUGAAGGCAACGACUGUACAAGGGUCAAACCAUCUAUCGGACGAGUGGAACGGGAAGAGGCGAAUCUUAAUCAUGUGCUUGCCGAGGUUGUAGCCCAACGCGAGCAACUUCGACAAGGGAUGGAUAUCAUUCUAUGGCGAGAACGACUGGUCGAUCUUGCAACUGAACGCGCGCUCCAAACUGAAGGCCAGUGUGGUUGGGACCAGCGAUUACUUUAUGGAGAAGACGAAUGGGGCGACUCUGGAGAAGAGGUAUUGGAAAGUUACGAGAAGCAGGGAGAGCAAGAGGAGUGGUGGUGUCUUGAGAGCGAUGGCUGCGAGCGGCAUUCAGGAUGGCAAGUCAUUCGUGCACGGGAGGUUGCAAAGGAGAAAGAGAACAAGGAGGAGGCCCUUCACCGACUGACCACUCGAGAGCGGGAGCUGCGGAAACGAAUUGAAGAUAUUGUCGAGCCUUUUAAUCGGUCGUGCCUGCUCCCUGCAGCGCUCCAACCACCCAAACUGGCCAACGGGAACAAGAAAGGGAAGAAAAGAAAGAAUCCAGCUUGA